AAUAAAUAGGAAGCCUGGAAUGCUCACAGCUGCCUAGAGGCUCCCAGAGGAGGCUGGCCUGACCCAUGCCACAGAGGCCCAGAGCCGGUGGAGAGUCUAAGAAUCUUAAGAGCCAGAGACACGGACCUGGCCUAGCUCCCUGCCAGGGAGAAGCCUAGAAAAGCAAUGAGGACCCCAUUGGAGCCCUAGCGUGAGCUCGGCAGUGCCACCCACCUGCAGGUCCACAGCGACCAAGAGAUGGCGCCAAUCUGGGGUUUCCUCCACAUGGCCCUGCUGGCUCUGUGCUGGAGUCCCAGCUUGCCUGUGACAGAAGGCACCAUCCCCCUGCAGACCCUGAGCUGCUACAACGACUACACCAGCCACAUCAUCUGCAGCUGGGCGGACACCGAGGACGCCGCGCAGUUCGUCAAUGUCACCCUGUACCACCGGCUCAACAAGGAUCCCGCACAACCCGUGGCCUGUAACCGCAGCGACAGCUUGCCCAGGUCAGGCUGCCCAUCUCCCCGCUGUGUCCCCAGAAGUUGUAGUAUCUCCUACGAGAGUUUCGUCCUCACUGACAACGACUACUUCUCAUUCCAACCCGACCGGCCUCUGAGCAUCCAGAGGACAGUUCUGCUGGACCAGCAUGUCCGGCCACCCUCACCCCAGGACCUCCAGGUCAGUGCCCAGGGGGAGGAGUUCCUGCUGAACUGGACGGUGGCGCUCGGGGCUGCCCCGACAUCCUGGCUGUCACCCACGGACCUGGCGUUUGAGGUGGUGUACAAGCAGUUGCAUGACUCCUGGGAGGAUGCCACCAGCCUGCGCUCUGAGUCCUCACAGGUCACCCUGGGGCCAGAGCUCCUCACGGCCAGCAGCACCUACGUGGCCCGAGUGCGGACCUGGCUGUCCUCCAACUCAAGCUUGUCGGGACGGCCCAGCCCCUGGAGCCCCGAGGUGCACUGGGAUUCCCAGCCAGGGGACCAGGCCCAGCCCCGCAACCUGCAGUGCUUCUUCGACGGGGUCCACACGCUCAGCUGCUCCUGGGAGGUGCGGUCCCCCGUGAUCCAGUCCGUCUCUUUCGGCCUCUUCUACAGCCUUGGUGCAAAGGAGAGAGAGUGCUCCCCCGUGCUGAAGGAGGAAGUGGGUGGCCUCUACACCCGGCACCGCUGUGGGAUCCCCGUGGCCGACCCCGGGGCCCACGGCCAGUACACCGUGUCUGUUAGGCCACGGAUGGAGGAAAAAAGCAUCCAGAGCUCGGAACACAUCCAGAUACCCCGCCCCACCCUCAAUGUGACUGAAGAUGGAGAUAGCUACAUCCUGCGCUGGACAGCCAAGAAAAUGUACUACCCGCACAUCACCCACAUGUUUGAGGUCCAGUACAGGAAGAACUCUACAGCCAAUUGGGAGGACAGCAAGAAAGAGACCCUGCAGAACGCCCACAGCAUGGCGCUGCCAGCCCUGGAGCCCGCCUCCACGUACGUGGCCCGGGUGAGGGUCAAGCCCAGCCCCGGGGUCUACCACGGGAUCUGGAGCGAGUGGAGCGAGGAGCAGUCGUGGACCACAGCGGCGGUGCUGCCCGUGUGGGUGCUGCCGCUCAUCCUGGCCGGCGUCGUCCCCACCUUGCUGGUGGCCCUGCGCUUCUGCGGCGUCUAUGGGUACCGGCUGAACAAGAAGUGGAAGGAGAGGCUGCCCAACCCCAGCAAGAGCAUCCUGUUCCAGGGCGGAAGCGCGGGGCUGCGGCUCCCCGACAGCGCACGGGCCUUCGCCGGCAGGAGCGCCCCUCCCUGGGGGCCGUGGGGACUCUGUCCUGCGCUGGAGGGGGGCUUGAAGGGCAACGAGGUGUCACCUCUCACCACAGAGGACCCUCAAGUUUUCUACGACUCACCCUCUGAACCAGACGCCACCCCAGCUGAGCCUAGCCUGCCCGCGGAGCGGCCCCCCAGCCCUCCGCCUGACUCCCCUGCCCCUACAGGCCACCCUGAGAAACGGGUCCCCAGCUUCGACUUCAACGGCCCCUACCUGGGGCCCCCACACAGCCAUUCCCUGCCUGAUAUCACGAGCUGCCCACCCUUGCAGGUGGGUGGGAGCCUGGGCCCCCCCGUGCCAAGCUCCCUGGAGUACCUGUGUCUGCCGCCUGGGGGACAGGUGCAGCUGGUCCCCCUGGCCCAGGUGACGGGGCUCAGCCAGCCCGUGAGUGAGGAGCACCAGCCCAGCCCGGAGAAACGCAAGGAGACCCCUUCCCUGGAGCCUGGGGGAGGCCCUGUUAUCUCUGAGCCAAGGGCCGGUGGACAGGACCCAAAGGACAGCCCGGUGGCUCUGCCUGCCACCUCCUCGUCUCCUGCGGUGGCCUCUGGCUAUGUCACCACUGCAGACCUGGCGUUCGCCCUGCCCACGGGGACCCCAUCGGUCACAUUGGCCCCUCCAGGCCCCGUCUCAGACCACACGCCCAGCCUCUGUCCUCAGCCGCCUAGUGGGCUGAUUGGAGCCCCGGCAUCAGGGAAGCCAGCGUUUGGGGGCUACGUGGAGCUUCCCCCAGCCCUGAGCCAGGCCCCCACGUCCCCCGUGGGCCGUCCUGACCCGCCCAAACCCAACAGCCCCCUCCCAAGCCCAGGGGAGACUCGGGAGGAUGGGGCCCCGGUGUCGCCACACCCCGAGGGCCUCCUGGUCCUACAGCAAGUGGGAGACUACUGUUUCCUUCCCGGCCUGGGACCCGGUCCUCUCUCCCCUCGGAGCAAGCCCUCCUCCCCAGGGCCGGGCCCUGAGGCCGGGGAUCUAGAGCAGGCCUGCCCGGGCAAGAAGCCGCAGUGCCAGCCCACAGCUCGGGUGCCCGCCAUCCAGUUCUUCAAGUCCCUGAAGCAGCAGGACUACCUGGCGCUGUCCCCUUGGGGUGUCAGCAAGCCUCCAGAGGUGUGCUGAGCCUGGGCCUCUCUGCGGAGCCCGGGGGGGGGGGUCCCACACUGACCUCAGGAUGCCCCACUCCUCCGUGCCCCUCAACUCCGGGUCUCUGCCCCUGCCCUUCCCUAUCUUUGUCUGUCUGUCUGUCUCUCUCACACACACACACGUGCAUGCACACACACACACACACACACACACACACAUUUUUCUUUCAAGUUAACCUUUUUUAGGCUUUGAGGCAGAGCCUCCCAGGCGCGUUUCCUCUACCUCCCUCCCUCACGUUUUCGAGGCCCGUGUUCCUUGCUUCGCUGCAACCUGCCCUUUCCCACUCAUCUAUUCGUGGAACUAGGCUGGGGCCCAAGCCCAGCCUGUCCUGAGAGUGAGACCUCUGCUGCACAUCUAAGGGCUCAGCCGCCUGGCACCCCCAGUCACCCUCAGAUGACGUCGCUGGCUUGUAGCCGGGCACUGGAGGUGCCGCCACGCGGGCACCUUGGGGAUUGGACCUUGGGAAGACAAGAACCGGACCAGUUCGCGUCAUGGUCAGGCCUGGAAGUCCUCAGCCCACCUGUCCCUCCAAGCAAACGGCCCAGCGGAGUGUACGUCGGGACCAGGCCGAUGGGACGAGAGGGAAGAGGGAUCUAGAACACACUUGAGCAAUGGUGGGAAAGUUGGGGAAAGUUCCAGAAAGAGAAAGGACAUUGAGGUGCAGGAAGACGCUCAGCUGCCUCCUCCCCCAGGACCACGAGGGACCUUGGCCCCCCCCACACUGGCCGUGGAGGGGGGCAGGAUUCGGGGGGGGGGGCUCCUUCUGGGCUUUCUGGGUCUUGCCGGCCUCUGCUUUUACAACGGGGUAUUACAUGAGGCUUGUUUGCAUUAUCUGGUCUUUUAUCACUUGGUGUAGAUUUGUGUUUG